UUAUUAAUAACAAAAUAUAUUUAACACUUAUGCGGAUUACCUCCAAAUACUUUGUAUUAGAGCAACAGAGGCGAUCCACUGAUAAUGGAGAUGUUUGUUACGGGGAAAGUGUUACGAUACUCGGUGGUGAAUUACGACGGUCGACACUACGAGAUGUUGAACGAUUUGCUCGUAAGUGAACACGAUCGAUUGCUCGUCAGGACGAUAUCGGACUACGAAGUCGGGGAGAUGUUCACACGUCGUGCCGAUGGCACUGAUACGCUGCUCCGUUCAAACGGAGAGUUGAUCGUUACCUUUUCCGGUGCAUAUAAUUAAUAUGUUGAAAAAUAUAUUAUUCGAUGCGAUCUAUCAUUAAUUUUGUCAUUAUUCCUUUUUCAGACGGUACACGUAUCAUCACGAAUUAUGUGAUAGAAAAAGAAUCAAUAACAUGCGAGUGGUCACAGGACGAGUUGCAACGAUAUUUUGGAUUCAUGACAAAGGAGACAAAGGAAUACAACGGUAAUACAAUUCUUUCAUCUUCCGAUGGUGAAUUCUCCCAUGAAGAAUUCACCCGUUACGUAUAUCGACUGGCAAGAGAAGCUGAAAAGGUUCUCGCUCGUAGACGGCUUUGUCUCGGUCUUGUUGACUUUCCGCGUGGAACAUAAAGACUAUGCCAUCGUAUCCUACGAUCAGUCAGCAGUUGGGUAUACUUUAUCAAUGCCCGACGAUCUUCACGUCAGCGUAUCGGGAAGAGGUCAUUAUGAAGUUUCAAUAGAGGACGAACUUAAUCUGAAGAUUUCAUCUGACAAACGAAUGGAUUAUCAAAGGAGUAAAUUAUUGCGAAGUACUUCUUCUCCGUAUAACUGGCUGUUCCCCUUUGGCAAAAGAAAUCAGGUAGUUCCUGAAAAGAUGCAGAACGAAGUUUUAACAAAGCGAAAUGAGCUAUCGCUGCCGAAGUUAUUGCGAGUGCGCAUUUUCUUCGGCAUUAAAGAGGCAGACAGAAACAUUCUGAUCGAUAUGCAGAGAGCCAUGGGACUUUACUGGAUAUUUGUGUUCCGUGAUGGUGACAAAUGUCGGCUAUUUUGCGCGACUGGACCCAGUCGAGCCUGCGAAGUUGAAAAUGAUUACAAGAGUUCGGAAGAGGAAGAACUGCGCGAGCUGGCUCUCGGCGUUAGGAAAAGCAUUGACGUCGAGACGUACGUCAGAAGCCUUCGAGGUAAGCUCAUUAAAGUGAGCACGGAAGCUGUUCGGCAGUCGAGCCGUCUUGCGGAGUUACUUCAACAAAGAGGUUCGAUGAAGGAGGAAUACGAGUGGUAUAAACAGUGUAUGAGGAAGCGAAUCAUUAUGCCAUACUUUCAAACUAUUGCUAACUCGGGCUAUUCUUUAAUGAAAGACCUCGUCAAUGAGGCAAUUUAAGUAUAGAAAAAAAAUCGUAUUUCCAAAAAAGGAGAUAAGUUUGUUAAUGAUAGAAAUAAAAAGAAUUAUUUUUGUUACGAAUGUUAAUUUACGAAAGUAAAGCUAUUGCGAUUAAAUUAAUCACACUGAGACUUCGUUCUGGCGAAAAUG